AUGCUUUCGAAACACUGCAGAUAUUUCUGUGGUAUUCACUGGAUUCAGACUAUACCAGCCACUGUUGAGCUGCUUUGCUCAUCACAGGGAUUCAACAUUUUAAGAGAAAAAAUCAAAAUAGUUUCUGUGAGUGCAGCAAGGGAAAUAUUUAAAUCAGACCUUGAGGCAGUAGAGGCUGAUCUGUUAGAGCAAAUGGAGCCAUGCCCCAACAACCACAGUCUGUCCUCGGCCAGCUUCUACCUACCCACCUUCUUGCUAAGAACCAAGCCCUUGUAAAACUCAUCAUUGCCUCUGGCUCCCCUUACUGUUGGUUUUCCUGCUUCCUGCCCUACCAGUCCCAAUUGGCACCAGCUGCCACUGCUAUGGGGGGCGGGGGGCGGGGAAGAAGUAGAGCACCUAAAAGUGAAGUCGCUUCCUGUUCUAAAUCUGCAAUCUAGCAUCGAUUUGGCUGCUACUGCCCUUCAUUGAUUAUUAAGCAGCAAUGAAUUAACACACAUUUACAUAAUCUUUUUGUGUGGGUGGUGGAGGUUUUGCUGAAGUGGAGCACCUUCUUGCAUUUGCGAAAUGCAGGCUGCUGAUUUUUACUGAUCCCCACUACCCACUAAGCCCCAACCAAUAGGCAUCCUCACUGAGUUGCUACUGUUUGUGCAUAGGUGGUGGGGUCCCCACUUUGCGUGAACCGAAGUACUCCUCACUUGUGCAAAAGCAUUUUUGGAUACAAGCCAAUGUGGUAGCAGUAUGCAUAGGAGCGUUCCAAAUAAUUCAGGUAGCCAACCCUGGUACCUCCUUUGAUAAAUGUGUAAUUAAAACCUGUUCUCUUUCUCUUGCAGAAACCACAGCAGAAAGCAUGUUAACACGUCCCUUAAAACACAAUGGAAUGUUAAGCUGUUUUGAGGUUUGCUGGUUUAAAUUAUAGCGUUCCAGCUGGUGAAGUGUGGGAAAAUAGAGGACUCCAGCAACACAAUAUACUUUCCUCAGACUGGGUAUGUAAAAUACAGUGUUUACCCGAAAUUUGGAUGGCAACUAAUAUUGAACAGGGCAUGUUGUUAUCAUGAUUUAAGACAAUGAUAGCCAUAUGUCCUAAAUGCGAAGAAUCCGCACACAGAUUGCAUCUGUUUAGCAACAAGCACUGACCAUUUGACUCAUUUGUAACCUGGGACCGAUUAUAUUUCUUUCUGUUGGCGUUUUAUUGAAAAGGGAAACAAAUGGCUAUGAGAUAAUUUCCCCAGAAAACAUGCAGGGCACUUUGGAACUUUGCUGUUCUGUUCUCAGCCAUCUUGCGAUGUGAACGGUUUCAUUUCUUUAAAAGCUCACUUUAGCAUGCCCGCCGGGUGGCAUGCAGAAAGUUCAUUUGGGUGAAUAUGUUGUUACUGUGUGGGAAAAAUACCUCGCUAUUAGCAGUCCUCUUAAAGUUCAUAAUUACAAGGAGCCCAAUUAGUUUAAACAGUCUUGGAAGGAGGAGAAUCAUGGACACCAAUUGCAGCUCAGAAAAAACUUAGCAAAUGCCGUAUGGGUGAUUUGUAAGGCUGUAGUAGGGGAACUGUAGGCAAGCCUGAGUGGAUCUGAAGCCUUGAGGGAAAAGGAAUUCUACAGCCCUUGUACUUUCCAUGACAAAGCACAGGGAAGCUUCCCAAAUCAAUAAAGUCUGCAAAAGGCCUUUUUAGCUUACGAGGCCAAAUAUCCGUCUUCCCCAAAACCCCAGUGUUAAAUGCAAGUAAGAUAUGAACUGUAAAAGAAGCAUAUAAUUUACAUUUAAUACUGAUGCUUUGGGGAGGGAAAUUUAGAGAAUUAGGACUUGCAUCACACACACACACACACACACACACACACACACGUACCAUUGUUUUCAACACAAAAUUCUAACCCUCCACCAUACUACUGAGAUGGUGUGGGGAGAUGGGGCUUUUUCUAAUAGCAAAAACCAGGAACAGUAGAUUAUCUAGAGUAUUUAAAACUGAAAACUGAGCACAAGCAUAUGGGAGUUCCAUUCUUUGUUGUUGUACAAGGAAACCAAACACAACAUACUUGACACUCAGAUUCAGCUACAUUAGGAAAGAAACAAUGAUUUGAAUGCUCUGUAAACAUGCAGCACCAGAUGGCGCCAGAGAGCAGAAAAAAAUUAUACACGAUUUUCCAUAGGGUUCUUUUUUCUUUUGUUAUAACGAUCCUAUUUCUGACUUUUUUAUAGCGUUUUCUCCCCUGUGUGUAGAUCCAUCCCAGGAGUGGGCAAACCAGAGGCCUGUAGGGACCGUAUUCAGAGCAUGGGACCUCCCAACCUGGCCUGCAACAUCCCCUUCUUCUCCUGCCGUACUGUACUGGAGUCAAAAACAAUAACAUUUUUUUAAAAAAUAAAACCGAAUGAGUCAAGUUAUGCUAGAAUAAAUGAAAGGCUACAAUUAGUCAGAUUUUUUAAAAUAGUAGAUAAUUUGUAGCCUUGAUACACAGUGUUAAAUCCAAGUGGGGUCCUAAUUUAGAGGCCAAUCUGCAGCAGCCGGGGGAGGGAGGGGCUUGAGGAGCAGACCUGAGGGGCGCAGUCUUCCCUCAGGUCCACUCCCCAGGCAUAAAAGUAGGCCGGGGCUGCCCUAAGCAGAUGACAUUUUGCUAAUGUAGCUGUUUAAAACUGAGCAGAAGGAAACUGUUAAAGUAAAGGGACUUUCAUGGUGGGGGCUUUCCCAUUGUGACAGGCCAGAACUGGAGCCUGAGCUGUUAGCAUCUUUGCUCAGUAGAUGUUUCAGGGGAAGAAAUAAUAUUUGGAACAUUAGUUCUUGAAUGCCCCCUCCCCCCGCCAAAUCAGAGACAGAUUCAAAACAGCAAAGCAGACAUUUUCCAGUUCAAUUUCUGCAGACCAGAUUUCAUAUGGUUGCGGUCCUACACUGAAAAUACAUGACACUCUUGCUGUUCGGAACUGGACCGAACUCCCUAGUUCAUGUUAGCAGAGUCAAGCAGUUGGAGUCCAGAGACAAAUCCUGAUAACACUUUACUGAGAAAAACUCAACAAGACACAGCGUGUAAUUUGAAGAGAAUGGCCUUCUACGUAGCAGGGAGACACAUAUGAACAAACAUACUUACCCUCAGAACUACAAAGGCAACCAGAGCAUGUGAGCAUCAUACCACUCUGCCUGGUUGGUAAGCAACACCUCCCCUCACUCCUUGGCAGUGGCAGACUUUGGGCUCUCAAAUUAUAGUGCCGCCCUGUACAACACUAAAAUUCAGUGCCCCUCCUGCCUCUCGUGCUCCGUCCUACAACAUUGUUGUGGUGCCCCCUGCAGCAUGGCACCCAGUACAGGUGAGCCGGUUGUGCUUCCCUAAACCCCCCUCUGCUCUUGGGUAGUUAACACUGGGAGCAGAAUUAACCCUUAAAACACCCACACAAUGCAAGAGCCCAUUCCUGCUCCAUAUAACACAACAGGGACAAGAAGAUUAGAGAAAGCCUGAGGGAUUGGUAUUCAGAUCUUUGCCUGGUCUGCUUCUCUUGGCUCAGCAGUUCUGGUUUCUCUCUUGCUGUAUAGCAGCAAACCCGAGCAGAGAGUUGGCUGCCAGCCAGCAGAUGUAUAUUAAAGACUGAUAGCAGAACUAUUCCCAAGUACUACUUGCUGAGAAAUAAAUAUAGGAUUCAAAAAAGAAUAAUGAAUCUGCAUUUCCUAAAACAUUGGUUUAAAAGCCAACCAAACUGUUUCAUAGUCACUGAAGUAAGAUAAAAUACAGUGUGUUUAGUGUCCUCCAUGGUAAAAUGAUUCGAAAUCCUGUGGAACUCAUAUUAUCCAAGCCUCAUAAAUCUAAGGAUCGAUUCACCUCACCCUUGCAACAUGUUAGAAAGUGGACUGAAGCAAUCGCAGUAGUCCUUCUCAGGCUGGAUGAGUGCAAGUGUCCAUACUCUUGCAAACUCUCUGCAAAUGCAUGGAAUUAAUGUUCAUGAGAUGCACUUCUGGUGGGCUAGACCUGGCCUUCUGGCUUGGCUAGAUUUCACCUAUGGCUUUUUCUGAAGGCCCACUCCAGUGUAAUUCCUGCAUAAACAGCAUUUCUGUUUAUCUUAUCCUUUAUCUGAAUCAUGCGGAAUGCAAAAAUUGUACCUGGAGGAGUAGAAGAGAAGAAGAGUUUGGAUUUGAUAUCCCGCUUUAUCACUCCCCUUCAGGAGUCUCAAAGUGGCUAACAAUCUCCUUUCCCUUCCUCCCCCACAACAAACACUCUGUGAGGUGAGUGGGGCUGAGAGACUUCAAAGAAGUGUGACUGGCCCAAGGUCACCCAGCAGCUGCAUGUGGAGGAGCGGGGAAGCAAACCCGGUUCACCAGAUUACGAGUCCACCGCUCUUAACCACUACACCAUGCUGGUGUAGUGGCACCUUCUCUCCUGAACUUCUUCUCCAACCAUGAAUAAAAGUGAACUGAAGAGAUCCCUGCCUGUCCAUGUCUAUAUCUGAAUUUUCGGUGGUGUCUUAGAGAGUGUAGGUGUAAAUUAUUGGAUUAUGUAAGGAUUCCCAGUGGUGUUCAAACUUGCCCAUUAUAUGGAUGUGACAUUUUAAAGUGGUAACAGCACUGUUACAUGGUUAUAUUUGGCACAUGAAGCUAAGAGACUAGGUUUACUUCAUCCAUACAUAUCUGUUUGGACUUGUGUUCAAUUCUCUUAAAUCACCAAAGAAUAAAAUUGUUUGGCUCUUUUCUAUUAUACACUGGUGUUUAUCAUAUAUAAGCAUUUGUUUGUUAGUGACUUUCUUUCAUUUUCAUGCCUCUAGGUAUUUGUUUUGAGUUUUACAUGGUUGUAAAAAUUUAUUUAGUUGUACAGUAUUUGAGAUGUCUUUUCUCUAUCCAUAUUUUAUUUCCCAACUUGUUUGCUGUUGUUUUGGCUUUUGAGGUUGGAUUACAUCCAUCUCUUUCUGUUUCUUCACAGGAUCCUCUUGAUCUUGUAA